GCUGCUUGGAUUGCCAGCUUAUCUUUCGCAGCCCAAAAAUCUGGUUUUCUCUGAUCAUUUUCCUUUGUAGGGUCCCGUAGUACAAAGUGAGUUUGUUAGGGUAGUACAAAGUGAGUUUGUUACCAUGAAGGCGACGCUGCUUCUCUCUACACAACCCCUACCGCCGUUCCUCACUUCAAAGCUCCCCACACUUGCCUCAUCCCAUCCUUCACUUCACCUGAACCUGAUUCCACGCCUCACCUUCACCAGGCGUCGUCGAUUUCGGCCCGAUUUCACAGUCCACGCCGACGACGGAGAUGGCGGAGGCAUCGAUGAAUACGAGCUGGACGAGUUCGAUGCCGAGGAGUUUGACAACAGGAAGGACUACGACGUGGACUACGAGGAGCACCCCCUCGCUGGUGGUGUCUCGGACGACAUCUUGAUGGUGCACGGUGGUAGUAAUAGUAAGAGCUUUUUCGAGUCAAGUGAGGAGUGGGGUUCGGAGUCUGUGGUAGAUUACAGGAUCAACGAGGAUGAGUUUCACAAGUUUAGCUUGCUCCAUUGUGAUUUCUUUAUAAGGAAGCCUCCGGACCCUGAUAACGAUGUCUAUGACUUCGGAGAGAUGUACGUUACACCUCCAGAUACUGAUGUUUACUAUAUUCCUGAGGUCCUUGCGCCAAUGCCUAGAAAGCACAUUCGAUGUGUACAGAGUGAUUAUGGACGCUAUGACCUAACUGAACCUCCCAUUGAUGCACCUCGAGAUCCUUUGUAUAAAUCUGACUAUGAGGUUUUGAAGGUUUUCUUAACAAAGCACUACAAGAACCGGAGACUGGGUGACCCUGAAUUUGUGCUAGAUUUUGAGGAGAUUUAUGUUAUCGAUUCAAAAACAAAGUCGAUUACCAGAGCAAGAGUUUUGGUGACAGUUCCAGGUGGACGGAAUAGGAAUAGAAAAUCAGACUUGCUUGUUGUACGUGAAAAUGGAACCUCCUUCAAAAUUAUUCCUGCGAGUGAAAGAGUAGAUGCCACCACCGUGAUAGCGAGGGAAGAUUGGGAGAAAAGUAGACAAGAUCUGGAGAGGCAUCUGAGCAAGCUUAGGGACUUCAAUGUUUCAAAUUGGUUCUAAAUUUCUAAUCUUCUACUACUUGGAUUUUGAGUUGAGAGAUUGUUUGAGGACGAGAUUGCAACAAAAUGGAGACUUUUGGAAUCUUGUCUAACCACGAGGGUUCGCCUUUUCUUUGAUUCAGUGUCUUAUCUUGUAGGAAAUUCUACCUUUGUUUCUUAUGAGUGUUUUUUGUGCAAGUUCCUUCUAUUAGAAAGAAGGCUUGCUUUCCUGUUGUACGUGAGGUGUAUAGCUAGUGAAAUGAAUGAGAACCCUUUCGGAAUCCUCUGUUUAAUUCUUGACCAUAUGUCAUCAAUGACAGGAUUUGUCUGGUGUUUCACGAA